AUGUCUCAUGUUCAAUGGCGCGCUGAACCGCUUCCUUCUGCAUCCGGAAUGAAGGAUACUGCUGCUCUUGACACCUGCAAAUCACGCCCGGGGGGGGGAUCCGUUACAAGAACCUGGAAGCACCAUGAAACACCAACAUCAUCAGCAGAAAUUGCAGAUAAACCUUUCCCCUCCUCAGCUUGUCGGGGUGCCGCAAGAGUCGGAGUCAGACCCUUUCAACAGUGGCCCAAACCCUAUGUGAAGGACGGUCUAGUGAAGAUUGAAAACUUGGAAAUGAAAUCAAUGUUGGAGAAUAUGAAACAACUCAAAUCCAAGGACCUGAGCAAAUUCGCCAAGUUACUAAGUGGACUGGAAAUGAACUAUGAGCGCAACCAUUUAACAAAUGGUUACGUUGGCUUUUGCUAUGGAUAA